UUUUCAGUUUUACUUCAACUUGCAUGCAACAAAGCUGAGAAGUGCACGACUCGAAGCGUGGCUCUUCAACUCAAAAAAAAGAGCUGAUAAUAUGGAUCUACAUCAGCAUCUUCCAUCUUAUCAAGAAGCAGAUGGCGGUGCCCAUGGCAAAGAAACAACCAGCCAUAUCAUCUAUAAUACAAGUCAGGAGUAUCAUCAGAUUAACCAUCAACAAUUUGAUCAAAAUAAUCUUGGAGAGUUACCAAUCUAUUUGAACUACCCACUCCACGGACCAAAUCAUAAAAAAUGGCACCUGGAUUUUCAACAGAACAAUGAUGCGAACGAAUACUCACAAAAUGGGAAUCAUGAUUUCUCAGGGGCUGAGAUGAGUUAUCCAAUUGAGGAUUUUGCCCAGAAUACCUUUGCUGAACAGUAUGUUGAAGAUUCUUAUCAAAAUGCAGGGGCAUUGGCGCUUACUGGUCAGAAUAUGAAUAUUUCAAAUGUACAUAACGGAGUUCAUAUUUCAACGCCAACGGAAAAUUUGGCUGAGAACAAUGCCAAUAACGGGCUUGACGCGAUUGCUGAUCUCGUGAAACCUUAUCAAAAUGUUCAACUGGAAAGUUCAUCGAAACAAAAAGUACAGCGACCAAAAAUUGCCCACAAAAACUCUUGUGCUCACGGUUACAAAUAUGCUGUUGCCUAUCAAAUCUUGAAAGACAAUGUUGGAUACGAAAUACCAGUGGAUACGGUCAAAUUGUGCAGGGAAAACCACAUCGACACAAAAGUGUUGAACAUGGUUGUCCGUCGAUUGGAGGAGCUAGGUGCUAUCGAGAGACCAUUGAACCUUCAUGUUAGAUUUACACCAGAGUUCAAAUUCAAAGAAAUCGAUGAGUUUCAAUCAACACAUAUAGAAAUUGAAAAGUUGGAUCAAGAAGAAAAAGAGCUUGACGAAAUGUUGGAAAUUGCACAAAAACAGUUGGCGGAAGUCAAACGCAAUCCAUAUGCAUUUUUCACAAGUGCAGAUAUCAAUCUUCGUGGUAAUGAAGUGUUGAUAGCAAAAGCUCAUGAUGUCACUGUAGAUUGUAUGACAGGAAUGAAUAGGGUUGUCACUAAUAUGGAUGCUGUUAAAAUUGAUAAGAUGAACUAUUUGAAUAACCGAUUCCCCAAAGAAGCUCUCACCAAGAUUGAUAACAAAAAAUACAAAGCAGCUGCAAAAAUAAUCGAUAAAAAUAUCGGACAAGACAAAGUUCAAUUGAAACAAAAGAGCAAAGAUGAAGCUGUAAUGAAAAUUCUUCGUCAAUUUUCCGGAACUAAUGAAGCUAGCGAUCCCUCCGAUGAACGUCCAGUGCAUCAAGCUCUUGGCAUCAAUAAGAAAAUGGCACAUCAAACUACGCAAAACAGUCAAUUAAGAAUCACAACAUCGGGUAAUGAAUUAAAAGUGUCAAUUGGAAAAAAGUUUGAUGAAGCUCAAAUAAAUAAACUCCAAACCGAGAAAGAAUUGAAGAAGAAUGCCCAAAAACAAGCAAAUGCGGCAAAAAUGAGAGAGAAACGAGCAAAAGCGAAAGAAGAACAAGAAGGAAGUAGAGCUAGGAAACGUAAAAACACAGACGAACCGACUCUGCCUAUCAAACGUCAGGACAGUAUUGAUUCUGAAUGUGCACUUGGACAACUAGAUCCAUACAACAACCGAAUCAUGUUCUCAGAAAUGUCAUCACCAGUUGGAUGUUAUAAUCCAGAUCUUGUUCCGGAUAUAGAACGACUUCGACAAGUUUCUGAUGCAAUUUCUGAUGAUCAAGUAUGCAAUCAAAUUUUCAAUGAGCCGCAGCAUGGAUUGAGCUUGAGUUCGCAAUAUUUUGAGGGCACACGUAGUGAUGAGCCAAACUCAGUUCUUAAUGAGGGCCUCAACUUCGAUAUUCCGCAGGAAAAUUUGAGAAUGCUAUCUCCAAGACGCGAAAACUUUGGCAUGCUUCGUGGAAGAGAGAUAUCAGAAGAAAAUCAUACUCUGAAUUGCUUCAACUCUCAAACUUUUGAUGAUGAUAUUAUGGAUUUUAAUUUUCAUUCGAUGCAAAAUCUACCCAGCACUUCUGAAAUGCAAUUCAAAAGUUCUGAUGACAACUUUGACGGAAGUUUCUCAAAUUUCGAAUAUGAUAAUAAAGAAAAUGAACACGACGAAGCAAAUGAAUCAAUUGAUUUUGGAUUUUUGAACGAGGAGCUGAAAAUGAUUCCAGAUGAUGAGCACAAUGCACCAAUUGACUUGUCGGAUUUAUCUCUUCAUUCCCAUUUCAACGAAAAUAUGGCGGACUCGUCACUGGUAUAUUGAAUGAUUCCGACAGUAAAUUUAUAUUUUUCAAACUUUUCUUCUCCUCCCACCCCCGGCAACCCUUCCCCUGUCGUUUAAUAGCAGUUGUUCAUAUGUUACUUUGCCCAGUUUUUUCUCUACUGCCGGAUUUUUGAAUUGAAAUACUGCCAACCGUAUCCCCUAUCUAUCUCCCAUGUGCAUUCUUAAAUGUUUGAAAAUUUCUACAUUCAAAAAAAAUGUAAUUUAUGCUAUGUAUGAAUAAGCAUCACAUUAAAUUAAAUGAAUACAUUUUUAAAUUUAAAAUAUAAAUGUCAAAAUUUGAACAUGUUA